AUGAGCACAGUGACGGAUAAGAAGUUAGCUUCAACGUGCACGGUGAUAUACGUCCAAGACGAUGGCACGGUUGCCCCUAUUGAGCGUGAAGUUCGAGAACUAGCCAUUGGGUUACAAGCAGUCAAGGACGAACAGGAAUACAUUGUUAUCCGAGAAACGCGUGCACCGGAACACGGCGGAAUCGACCAACGACCGUGUCAAAUGGUGGAGUAUUGGCCAGGCAGUGGUUCUAGUCGCCGUGUGCGGGUUCCAGGUGUACUAUCUCCAGUCGUUCUUCGAGGUCAAACGAGAGUAAUCUAG